GUAAUCUAACACAAUACUUUAACAUUUUUUACUAAUAAAAUACCUAAACCUAAUAAUUAAGACAUUAUGAUAGAACGUAAAUAUUAUCAAUAACAAAGGUGUUUUAAUUUUUUUUCUUCAUUCGAGCUGUUUACGUCGGUAGAAUUAUUUUAUUAUGCAGAUAAAACGGAAAUAGCGGUAGAAGAAAGUAAAGAUCAAUUCGUUUUAACUUCUCGUCGAAGUAACACCUUUGCGAAUAUCUCCUGUUAAAAUUGAACAAAUUAUUUUGAUAUUCAAUAUGAAUACGUGGACAAUAAUUUUGACUUUGGUGAUAGUGAUACUGAGCCUAUAUUAUUACGUUAAAUAUAUUUCUAAUUAUUUCGAGAGAAUUAAUUUACCAUAUUUAAAACCAGUGCCAUUUUUGGGUAGUUUAGGACCAGCCAUAUUACGUCAGAAAACAUUGGCCGAAAUAGCUGUCGAUGCUUACAACGUAACUCCUAAGGAAGCAAAAUAUAUUGGUUUUUUCAUUAUGAUGAAACCAAUGAUUAUGAUACGUGAUCCGGAAUUGAUAAAAACGAUCACCGUGAAAAGUUUCGAUCAUUUUCCAAAUCAUCGUGGUUUUGCCGAUGAAGGAUUAGAUAUUUUAUUUAAAAAAAAUUUAUUUGCAUUGAAAGAUGACAAAUGGAAGGAAGCUAGAACGAUGUUAAGUCCAACAUUUACAUUGAGCAAAUUAAAGGGUAUGUUUAAAUUGAUGAACGAAUGUGCCAUUGAUUUUACCAAUUAUUUAUCCAAAAUGCCAACAAGUGAAAAAACAUUAGAAAUGAAGAAUAUAUUUACGAGAUAUACGAAUGACGUAAUAGCAGCAUGUGCAUUUGGCAUAACCAUUAAUUCAAUGAAAGAUCCGGAAAAUGAUUUUUACGUUAAUGGUAAAAAAGCAACGAAUUUCGAUGGUUUUAAAUCAAUCGUAUUUUUUUUUAUUCACAAUUUUCCAUGGUUAGCAAAUAAGUUGAAACUCAAACUUGUACCGAUUGAUUUAGAAAAUUAUUUUAUAAACGUUAUAACAGACAUUAUCAAUACUAGAAAACAACGUAAUAUCGUUAGAAAUGAUAUGAUACAAAUAAUGAUGGAAGCUAAAGAGAAAAAAGCUGAAAUUGGUGAAGAAUUAACUAUCAUAGAUAUAGCAUCACAAGCAUUCAGUUUUUUCUUUGGUGGUUUUGACUCAAUAAGUUCGGCUAUGUGUUUCACAUGUCACGAGAUUGGUGUCAAUCCUGAUAUACAAAAAAGAUUACAAGAUGAAAUAGACGAUGUUAUUGAAAAAACUAAUGGAAAUCCAACAUAUGAUUCUAUUAAUAACAUGCAAUACUUGGAUGCAGUGAUCAAUGAAUCAUUAAGAAGAUAUCCAAUUGGAGUUUUUCUCGACAGAAUGGUAGCAGAUGAUUUUGAAUUACCACCUGCAUUACCAGAUGGCAAACCAUACUUAUUGAAAAAAGAUAAAUAUAUUUGGCUAACAAAUUACGGAUUACAUCACGAUCCGAAUUAUUUCGAGAACCCAUAUAAAUUCGAUCCAGAAAGAUUUUUGAUAAAAGGAAAAGAGAUAAUCAAUUCUGGUUAUUAUUUGCCUUUUGGAAUGGGACCUAGAAUGUGCAUUGCUAAUAGAUUCGCAUUAUUGGAAUUGAAAGUAUUAAUUUAUCAUUUAUUGGCACGUUGUAAUUUAAAACCAUGCACCAAGACACAAAUUCCAAUGAAAUUGUCAAAAAAAGGAUUAUUCAGUAUGGCAUCUGAAAAUGGUUUUUGGAUGACUUUGGAAGAAAGGAAUAAUGUACAUCCAUCGUUACAAAAUUAUGUAUUUGAUAAUGAUACUUCUACUGAUGUUAAGCAUAAUAAUACAAAUAAUGUAUCAUCUAAUAAUGUUAGUAAUAAUCAUAAUGCAAAAAUGUAAAAUAUAAUCAGGAAUAAUAUUGUAUCACUCAACUAUUAUAUUAUUUUUUUCACAUA